GCCUGGCCAGAGGAGGAUUGGUCACAGUGGGACGGUGAGACGGAGGACCAACUACUGGAGAGCGUCCAGGAGUUCCUCACAACAGGUCCCAAGGAGGUUCAGGAAUUGGCCUCCAUGUUCGCCGGCCGCUUCAACGCAGUGGUCCGCGCUGACCCUCGCCAUGGCUACAGCAUGGAAAGGAAAAAUGAUGGCAGUUUCAAAAAGUGGCUGCUUGCUGCCGGCUUCGAAGCGAGCGCCCUCUUCGACCGGAACAAAUGCUUGAUCUCCAUGCCGUACUCCAAGCGGACGACCCGCGGAACUAGAGGUGGAAGGAAGAACCGCGGCGGCGAAAGAGGAGGCUUGGACCACUUUGAUGAGCAGGAGGAUUACUUGGACCCUCCCAUGUACACCCGUGAGGGUGGUGGAAGAAGAGGUCCCGGCAUAGCUCCGAAAUGGUGA